AAAGAAAGAAAAUGUAUCAUCAACACAAUUUAUUCUAGUUUUAGACGUGUAAUUUUAUAAAUUUAUUCUCAAAUAUUAUUAAUUAAAGUAACAUUAAAAUGGAAGGAAUAUUACUGGAACCAACAUUGUAUACCAUACAAGGUAUCGCUAUAUUGGACUAUGAUGGCAAUAGAGUGUUGCCUAAAUACUAUGAUAAAGAUAUAUUUCCUACUGCAAAGGAGCAGAAAGCUUUUGAGAAAAAUUUAUUUAAUAAAACCCACAGGGCAGAUGCCGAAAUUAUCAUGUUGGAUGGUUUAACUUGUGUGUAUAGAAGUAAUGUAGAUUUAUUCUUUUAUGUUAUGGGCAGUUCACAUGAAAAUGAGCUAAUUCUAAUGAGUGUUUUGAACUGCUUGUAUGACUCAGUAAGUCAAAUAUUGAAGAAAAAUAUGCAAAAAAGAGCUGUUUUGGAAUCACUAGAUAUUGUUAUGCUGGCUAUGGAUGAAAUUGUUGAUGGAGGGAUAAUUAUAGAUUCUGAUUCAAGUUCAGUAGUAUCUAUAAUAGCACUAAGAACUGAUGAUAUUCCAUUAGGGGAACAAACUGUAGCUCAGGUAUUCCAAAUAGCCAAGGAACAGCUGAAAUGGUCAUUGUUGAAACAAAGUGUAUUUUACAAGGUGAUCGGUAUUUAUUUCAUGUACAAGUUAAAUUACAGGCAAAGGAAAGCCACUGUUAAGCAAGCCAGGCACAUGUGGGCAAAAUCUAAACUUUUUUGGUCGGUAUGA